UAAAUAUGCUAACAAGUGCAAAAGAAAAUAAAGAAAUUGCAAAGACAGGCAAUCCAGCUGAGUUAUACAUAUAUACAUAUAAGUUAUACAUAUAGGUAGGCGCUACCGAAUGUCAUUUUUGGUGAGUUUGGACAUUUACAAGCAAAUGUGAAUGAGAGACAUUGUGCAAAUAAACAAAGUUUUGACCCAUGCUUUUCUGAAGGAAGAGCAGCACUGGCUCUGGAGCAGCAUGUGUACACGCUGUGUCCUUGUGGAGUCUGGAGUCGCUAGGGCAACUGGCCUACCUGCUCUGCUUGGAGAAGGGGAGCAGACCAGGGGAUGCGACCCCUGUCAAUACACAGCUUGACUCACCUGUUCCCGUUUUCUCCAGUUGUGCUAUUUACAAACAAACACAUGGUUCAACUGUUUUGGGGAACUACGGUAAGCUUCAUGAUAUAAAAUAAUGUGACAGGUGAAAUUAAGAAUGUGAUCUGCUUUAUCUCCUAACGUAUUACCCGUAGUUGACUGCAGGUAUUUACUUAAAAUGUAUCUACUAAUAUUAACAUUAAUUGAAAAACAUAAAAUAAAUAGUUUCAAUGGUAUUAAAAAAAAAAAGUCCCUGGCUGCGGUCUCCAGCCCAAGCCUACUCUCACCCUAUUACCUCAACCUCUAUCCUCCUUCUCCCUCAUCUACCUUAUCUCCAACCUCACUCGAGGACAGCCUGAACACCUCCCUCCUCUCACCCGUACACCCACAUCCCUCCUCUCCUCAGCAACCCACAGAGAGCCUGAAUACCACCCGGACACCACCCCCUUCCUCUCCUGUACUACAUGAUCUGCAAACAUUAUUCUGUCAUUCCUUUGCUGAGAAGUUUAUAUUGGAGUCAAGACUGUCAACGAAUGUAAUGUAAAUGGACUGUGUGUAUGAUAUUUGUACAUGAGAACUAAGUAGAAAGACAAACCUUUAAAGAGAUUCUCCGGUACUUUUGUAUACUUUUUAGCAUGUAGUUCUGAAAGUAGUACUCAUGAGCUGAAAGUGGUCCCCGAAAAUUGCAUACUAUGUGACAUAUGUGCAGAUAUGUGCACCAUGUUAUCUCUCUCUGUCUGUCCGUCCGUCCGUCCCCUGAGCCGUUGGGCCCGCCCUGCAACCUCUUUGGAUACGCUGGGGUGGACUCUUGCUAGCUGUCACUCAAAUGCGAGGCUAGAACUCAAAUUGCUAGGGAGUUGGCCCAGGGGAAAUUUAUGUAAAAUGAUGCAGCACAGCUUCAAGAAAACAGUCACUUUCAAAUUAGGAAUUUUGUGGCUAAUUGAUGUAAAACAGCAAUUCUGCUCAUAGAUUAUGCAUGUAUGAACUACACAUUGACACAUCCAGCCCAAAGUGGGAUGUUUAGAAAAUAUUUUCUUAGUUGCCAAAGUAACUAAGAAGCAUGUAUUUAAUGCUGCUUCACCUCAUUUUGAAUCCCAUAAAGAUCUUCCCAAUAUUUCUGUGUGGAAAGAAACAUUAAUAAAUAAAUGAUAACUCCCUGCUGUCAGCACUAUUCUGUCAAAACACGUUAAAGGCAACAUUGUGGAUGGUGAGAUGAGGUCAUGUUAAUGAAUCUCAGGUAGAUUCAAUUGAGCUCUGUGGGCUAGUAACAAACUCUCAGGUUUUAUGUAACUGUGUCAAGUAAAGGGUUAACCUAUAGGACACUCCCCUGCUUUUGGUUCACUUCCUAAUUUGUGAACUUUACUCUGCUAAUACACAGUUCCAGUUAGAACUACUCCAGCUGAGAGGGAGUCUAUGGAUCAGUCCUCUGCAGAAAGACAGACCGACACACAGGUAGUAUGUCCCAACGUGUGGCAGUGAUCGGGGCGGGUCCAUCAGGUCUGACCAGCAUCAAGAGCUGUCUGGAUGAGGGUCUGAAGCCCACCUGCUUUGAGAGCAGUGAUGACAUCGGGGGGCUGUGGAGGUUCAAGGAAACCCCUGAGCCGGGCCGCUCUAGUAUCUACCGCUCUCUGGUGGUGAACACCUCCAAGGAGAUGAUGUGUUUCAGUGACUUCCCUAUGCCAGCUGACUACCCCAACUACAUGCUGCACUCCCAGCUGCUGCAGUACUUCAGGCUUUAUGCUCAACACUUUGACCUCCUCAGACACAUCACCUUCCAGACCAGCGUGCUGACUGUGAGACAGAGGCCAGACUUCAGUCGUUCAGGCCAGUGGGAGGUGGUGACAGAGAACAGGGAGGGACAGGAGCAGAGACACGUCUUUGACGGGGUACUGGUUUGUUCAGGACACUACACACAGCCUGUCUCACCGCUAGACCAGUUCCCAGGCCAUGAGUCGUUCCCUGGCCGCUGCCUACACAGCUGGGAGUAUAAGGAUGCUGAUGCGUUCCGGGGGAAGAGGGUGGUGGUAGUGGGGAUUGGGAACUCUGGAGGAGAUAUCGCUGUGGAGAUCAGCCGUGCUGCAGAGAAGACCUUCCUGAGUACCCGUAAGGGGGCGUGGGUGUUAGCUCGUAUGUCCAGUAGCGGUCUCCCACUGGACAUGAUGGCCAUCUCACGGUUCACGGUCCUGCUAACCUCCCUGCUGCCCAGAGCGCUGGUCAACUGGGCUGCAGAGAGAACCCUUAAUCACCGAUAUGACCACCGUCUCUAUGGCCUACAGCCAACACACAGGCUGCUAGAGCAGAAGCCGCUGAUCAACGAUGACCUUCCAGGCCGUAUCCUGCAGGGGGCAGUAGUGCUGAAGCCAGACCUGAGAGGGUUCCAGGGGUCCGGACUGCUGUUCCAGGAUGGAACCACGGAGGGGGACAUCGAUGCAGUGGUCUUCUGUACUGGAUACAAUGGCACCUUCUCCUUCCUGCCCCCGUCACUAUGUUCAGGACCUCGGGGGGAUCUCAACCUGUACAGACGGGUGUUCCCUCCAGCUCUCGAGCGCCCCACGCUGGCCAUCAUGGGUCUGUUCCAGACUAAAGGACCCAUCUUUCCUGCUGUGGAGAUGCAGGCCCGCUGGGUCACGAGGGUCAUCGCAGGGUUGACCCAGCUCCCACCACGGAAAACAAUGCUUUCCAAAAUCGAGACGGAGACGAAGAGGAACAUGAAGAGUUACCUGUGUCCCAGACAGGCAGCUCUCCAUGUGGAUUAUAUACCAUACCUGGACUCCCUGGCUGAGCAGGUGGGGGUUCGUCCAAACAUCCUAGGGCUGCUGCUGAGGGAGCCUAGUGUGGGGCUGCGUGUACUGCUGGGGCCCUGCACCCCUUACCAGUACCGCCUAAGAGGGCCGGGAAAGUGGGACGGGGCCCGACAGGCCAUCCUCACUCAGUGGGAGCGCGUAGCCCAGCCCUUCAGAACCAGGCUGGAGCCAGAACCCCCCAGGCCCUUGGUCCUUCUGUCCCCCUUGCUGAUCACGCUGUCUGUGGGAGCUGUGAUGCUAGCUGUGGUCUUCUCCCAGUGUAAACUGACCUUAUGUCUACAGGACCUACUACAGGACUCAACUCACCUGCUGGACUGGUUCUCAGCACUACUGUGAGGCUCGGAGUAGAAGCAUCCUAUAUAGCAACAGAUCUAGGAUCUACAUUAAUACUCUAUUGCCUCCACUAUCGACCAGGCUCUUUGUUUGUUUUCUUCUCGUCAAGACCAGUAUGGGAUUUCAAGCGUUUCUUUUACGCCUGCUACGUUAGGUUAGGCUGUAUCUGACCUAACAGACUGCUUUUGUUGUCUUACAAAAACACUCAUUAGGUGUGCUUGCUGAAAGGAAGUCCUCUCUAAAACUCUUACUCUUAUUUGAUUUCUUUGGUUAGCUCUAACACUUAAACCGCUUGAGCUAUUAACAUGAAACCAACUUUAAAAUGUGCAGACAGACCCGACUUAGCGUGCUUGAGAAAUUAUUUUUGAUAAAUAAAUAUCU